AUGGGAGGGACUGUAUGCCCCCUCCCUCGGGAGGCUAUCCUUUCCCUGUUUAGGCCGUUUUGAAAUUCUUUCCCUUAGAAGAGAUAUAUAUAUAUAUAUAUUUUUAAUCAAACAAAGCAGCUGCUGUUCCUGUGAUUGGCGCACGACCAGGGGCCGAGGACACGGACGGGCAGCAAGGCUGGGCUGGUGAAAAUGCAGUCAGUUUGAUGCUGGAGCCUCCGAAGAUGCGCUCUUCCCUGUUCUGCGAACCGCUCACACUCUGAAUGAACCCAUCUUUACGGGCUUUCCCUACCGGAUCGUGAGCUUCGCGGGCGAGCGGUUUUCUCUAGAACCUCUCGGAAGGACACAGCCGCCGGAGAGACGACGGUCGCUGGGAGACUUUGCGGUUCGGCCGGCCGGUCCGGCAGGCUGCGAGCAGCAGCUGGGAGGGCGUGACUGGCCGAGGCUGGAGGUUCGGCUUCUUCGCGCCGGCGGCGGCAUCCAGAUGUGCAAGCCACCGGCCGCCCGGCAGGCUCCGCCGCGCAGCCCCGGCCUAAACGCCUUCCAGGAGGUUUGUCCCUGCCUGCGCGCCGUGCCCUGAGCUCUCAGGCAGGGAAAGCGCGCGGACAUGGGCGAGACCAUGUCAAAGAGACUCAAGUUGCACCUCGGAGGAGAGGCGGAGAUGGAGGAGCGGGCGUUCCCCAACCCCUUCCCCGACUAUGAGGCCGCCCUCUCCGCGGCGGGGCUCGCCGCUGGAGCUGCGGAGGAAACAGGCCGUGCUUGCCCUCUCCCCACCACUGAGGACCCGGGCCUCCCUUUCCACCCCAGCGGGAAGAUUGUUCCUAACUUCACAAAGCGUAUCCAGACCAAAAUCAAAGAUCUUCUUCAGCAAAUGGAAGAAGGGCUGAAGACAGCUGAUCCUCAUGAUUGCUCUGCGUAUACUGGCUGGACAGGCAUAGCACUUUUGUACCUGCAGCUGUAUCGGGUCACUGGUGACCAGACUUACCUGCUCCGAUCCCUGGAUUAUGUGAAGAGAACACUCCGAAAUCUGAGUGGUCGCAGAGUCACUUUCCUCUGUGGAGAUGCUGGGCCCCUUGCUGUGGGAGCUGUGAUAUAUCAUAAACUCAAAAGUGAAUGUGAGUCCCAGGAAUGCAUCACAAAACUUCUGCAGAUGCAUAGAACCGUUGUCUGUCAAGAGUCAGAGCUUCCUGAUGAGCUGCUGUAUGGGCGGGCAGGUUACCUGUAUGCCUUACUCUACGUGAAUACAGAGAUUGGCCCCGGCACUGUUGGUGAGACAGCUAUUAAAGAGGUAGUCACCGCUAUUAUUGAGUCAGGAAAGACUUUGUCAAGGGAAGAAAGGAAAGCUGAGCGCUGCCCCCUGUUAUAUCAGUGGCACAGGAAGCAAUAUGUUGGAGCCGCCCACGGCAUGGCUGGAAUCUACUACAUGUUAAUGCAGCCAGAAGCAAAAGUGGACCAAGAAACCUUAACAGAAAUGGUGAAACCUAGUAUUGAUUAUGUGCGCCACAAAAAAUUCCGAUCUGGAAACUACCCAUCUUCAUUAAGCAAUGAAACAGACCGAUUGGUCCACUGGUGCCAUGGUGCUCCAGGAGUCAUCCACAUGCUCUUACAGGCAUAUCAGGUUUUUAAGGAGGAAAAAUACUUGAAAGAGGCCAUGGAGUGCAGUGAUGUGAUUUGGCAGCGAGGUCUGCUCCGGAAAGGCUAUGGAAUCUGCCAUGGAACCUCUGGAAAUGGUUAUUCCUUUUUGACCCUUUACCACCUUACGCAAGAUAAGAAGUACCUCUAUCGAGCCUGUAAGUUUGCAGAGUGGUGUCUGGAUUAUGGAGCACAUGGGUGUCGCAUCCCUGACAGGCCUUAUUCCCUCUUUGAAGGUAUGGCUGGUGCUGUUCACUUUCUCUCUGAUAUCUUGGUACCAGAGACGUCACGGUUUCCAGCAUUUGAACUUGGCUUUUUGCAGAAGGAUUAAAAAGGUGCAAAAAGACAACUAACAUACCCGUUGGACCAAAAGCCACCUGACUGAUUAGUGCCUGACACAGACCCUACUGUAAAUCCUAAUAAAGAAAGGGAAAAAAAAGGGCAAACACUUCCUCAAGCCCCUUUUGUUGCAAAGACCCCCAAAUUAGAGCAUGAGUGAUAGAAACCACAUCAGCAGCAUUUUGUGACAGCGUUUCCCUUAAUGGUGAAAUCUGAAUUCUUCAUAUCUAGGCUCCCUGUAGUGUGCAUGUUUCUUGGUGCUUGUCUGUAGAUGUAAGUUGACUUAAUAGGAGAGUCACACUCAUCACAUGAACUCUUAGCUGAGCAUGUGUGAGUGUUUAAGAUGACAGCCACACAUUUUUGUAUAUAGUAUCUAAAGUAGGGUGUCAUCUCUGUCAACAAAGAAACAGUUGUGUGAUGUCUCUCAAACAUCAGCCAGCAAAUCUAGAUACCCUGUGAGAAAACUGUGUUAGCAUUUUCCAUGGGCAGUCUUCAGAAGAGCAAGAGUUAAAGAUAGCUUCCUGGACCAGAAGGAAUGUGGGCAAAGCAGCACACAUUGCAGAGCUCGGGAAGGCACAGUUGACACUGCUCCCCUCUUCGUGUCUUGUGGUCAACCCAGCUAGUGACUAAAUAUUAGCAGUUCUCAGAUAUUCACCCAGAUACGUAUUAUUGAAACAGGCUCCAUCUGUUAGCGGUAUAGUUUAUUACUAUAUAAAACAGAAUAGAUACAAUGCCAGCUGGACCCAUCCAUAUCCCUUCAAAAAAUUAUUUCACAUUUUGGUAAAGUCUGAAUUUAAAAAUAAUACAUUCCUUAUUUUUCAUACAAAUUGAGGUGAUAAAAUAAAUUCUAGGCUGAAUUUAUACACAUAAAGAACAAAAUAUUCUAACCAAGACAAUUAUUAUCUAGGUGAUUUUUAAAAUUAGUUUUAAGGACAUUAAGUUGGAGUCACAUAUGGUUAGUAAUCCUGUCACCUAAAUUUCCGAGUUUGGUGGUUGUUGGUGACACAAGUGGGCUAGGUUUCCUAAGCAUGUUUUGUUGUAGAGAUACUGUCAUAACAGACAAAGCAGAAUGGUGUAAUUGUCUGGACCAGCACUUCCUUGACAUUAGUCCUAAUUUCUACUCCUCUUAUAAAGCAGGAAGAAUGGAGAGCAUCUGAAAGAGAAGGCUUCUUCAUACAUAGACCAUUCUGAGUGUUGAACUAGGCUUGUGGGGUACCCUAAACAUCUGGCCUUCAGUUUCUAGGUGAUGCCUCAUAAGUCUCUUCAUCACAGGUACUUUUGAUUCUAAGUCAUGACUAUUCUCUUCCACCUUGGGUUGAUUACUUCUAUGUGUAUAAAUCCCCAAGAUUACCCUUUGACUCACUGCCUGAGCCUGAUAGUGGACUUCUCAGGGCUGUCCAGCACCUCAUUACCUGAAGGCAGGGCAAACCAUCCCGAACAGGCUAAAGGGAAGCCAUUCUGCAGGAUGUUCUGUAGACCUCAUGUGCUGUCUGCUCUCAUCCGAACCAUACAGUUUCCAUCCUCUUGCCCAUUUUAUCAAAAAGAAUGCACGGCAGAGCUAAUCUUUGAGAUAGAUCCUGAUUGUCUGUUUCUUGAAGGAAGCUCCUGGGCUGUGUAGUAAGCCCUUUUCUGACUCAAGGUGGCAGCUUGGAGGGCUGUGGCUGUGGCUGUGGCCAAGGGCCCUCAAGGCAGCAGAAGCAGUGAUGACUUAUCCCCCUUAUGUUUACUCCUACUUGUUUGACAAAAACUAGUCUCUUUCUGACCAACAUGCUGAGGGAAAACACAAUUCCAUAGGAUGAAUGGGGAAGGUUUUGUUGACAGAUUUCCCUUAAGACCGGUGGAUUGCCACCUUCCUGUUCCCCACUGUGUAUCAACAGAUGUGCAUCUCAGUGGGUCCACAUUGACUUCUUCCUCAUACCCACUACAUGUGCUGCUGCUGUACUACACAAUCUGCAGCCCCCAUCCCAUGAGGCAAAGGAGAAAUGGCAUGUGAACCAGGACUGAGGUUCACAUAAGACCAUUUGAUAGUUAUAAACGUUUGAAACCAGAUUGAAGAACAUCUCACUUUUGUUUCUUAGGCUUGUUUUAUGUCAACAACUGUAUUCUUCUAAAUGUGUUGAAAAUUUAAAAAUAAUGUACACACAGAAUACCAUUUUAAAUCUGGAGGGAAAAAGUUAAUGUCCACAAAGUGUUUGGGGUUCUUCGGUUUUGUUAAUAAAAGACAGUUUUGUGGUGAUGAUU